CACCUCGCACUCUCAGUUUCACCGCUUGAUCUUGGGACCCACCGCUGCCCUCAGCUCCGAGUCCCGGGCGAGCGCAGCGCAGUGCACAGCAGAGCAGAGUGGGCGAAGGACCCCGGGCGCGGGCGCGGACGGCACGCGGGGCAUGAACUUGGAGGGCGGCGGCCGAGGCGGAGAGUUCGGCAUGAGCGCGGUGAGCUGUGGCAACGGGAAGCUCCGCCAGUGGUUGAUCGACCAGAUCGACAGCGGCAAGUACCCGGGGCUGGUGUGGGAGAACGAGGAGAAGAGCAUCUUCCGCAUCCCCUGGAAGCACGCGGGCAAGCAGGACUACAACCGCGAGGAGGACGCAGCGCUCUUCAAGGCUUGGGCACUGUUUAAAGGAAAGUUCCGAGAAGGCAUCGACAAGCCAGACCCUCCCACCUGGAAGACACGUUUACGGUGUGCUCUCAACAAGAGCAAUGACUUUGAGGAACUGGUUGAGCGGAGCCAACUGGACAUCUCAGACCCGUACAAAGUGUACAGGAUUGUUCCUGAAGGAGCCAAAAAAGGAGCCAAGCAGCUCACCCUGGAGGACCCGCAGAUGUCCAUGAGUCACCCCUACACCAUGACAGCGCCUUACCCCUCGCUUCCAGCCCAGCAGGUUCACAACUACGUGAUGCCACCCCUUGACCGAAGCUGGAGAGACUAUGUCCCCGAUCAGCCGCACCCGGAAAUCCCGUACCAAUGUCCCGUCACAUUUGGACACCGCGGCCACCACUGGCAAGGCCCAGCUUGUGAAAAUGGUUGCCAGGUGACAGGAACCUUUUAUGCUUGUGCCCCACCUGAGUCCCAGGCUCCUGGAAUCCCCACAGAGCCAAGCAUAAGGUCUGCCGAAGCCUUGGCGCUCUCAGACUGCCGGCUGCACAUUUGCCUGUACUACCGGGAAAUCCUCGUGAAGGAGCUCACCACGUCCAGCCCUGAGGGCUGCCGGAUCUCCCAUGGACACACCUACGACCCCAGCAACCUGGACCAGGUCCUGUUCCCCUACCCAGAGGACAAUGGCCAGAGGAAAAACAUUGAGAAGCUGCUGAGCCACCUGGAGAGGGGUGUGGUCCUCUGGAUGGCCCCGGACGGGCUCUAUGCGAAAAGACUGUGCCAGAGCAGGAUCUACUGGGACGGGCCCCUGGCGCUGUGCAACGACCGGCCCAACAAACUGGAGAGAGACCAGACCUGCAAGCUCUUCGACACGCAGCAGUUUUUGUCAGAGCUGCAAGCGUUUGCUCACCACGGCCGCUCCCUGCCAAGAUUCCAGGUGACUCUGUGCUUUGGAGAGGAGUUUCCAGACCCUCAGAGGCAAAGAAAGCUCAUCACAGCUCACGUAGAACCUCUGCUAGCCAGACAGCUGUAUUAUUUUGCUCAGCAAAACAGUGGACAUUUCCUGAGGGGCUACGAUUUACCGGAACACAUCAGCAGUCCAGAGGAUUACCACAGAUCUGUCCGCCAUUCCUCCAUUCAAGAAUGAAAAACAUCAAGACGAAUGAUUUUUUUUUCUUUUCUUCUUCUUCUUUUCUUUCUUUCUUUUUUUU